CCCACCCCAUUCCUAGAUCCUUCAUACAUUCUCAAUAUCUGCUCUCGAGGGUUUGAGAAUCCUCUAGAGCAGUUUUGGGGAGAGAGCAAGGACUGGGGUAGGAGGAGCAGGGGCUGGAGAGGAAGGGGGAGUCAAUGUUGGCUUAUUCUCCUAUAACCAAUAUUAAAUUAUUAUAUUUCCGGUAUUGUAUUAAGUAUUUCAGAUAUUAAAUUGAAUCUUGUCUUAAGGGACUCAUUGUUAAAUAAUAACCUGCUCUCUUAACAUGCCUUAAAAGGCUAGAAUUUUUCCCGUUUUGGUCACUUGACAGUACUUCAGUGUCACAGGAUCUCUUGGGUACCUCUUCUAGUAAUAUGUUGGUUCCUUAAUUUUUAUGUGGAACUAGCUGGCCCUGCACGCGUUGCUGUGCGUUAGUCUGUGAAAUGGAGGGUAAUAGCCCCCCUUCAGAUCCCCCUGAGCCUCAGAGUCCCCCUGAGUUGAGGCGAGACACUGUGGAGAGGGCAGGUUUCAUCCCUGUGUCUCCCCCCCCCCGUUCUGACCCAUUACGUACCCCUGCCCUCUAUUGCCCCCCCCCCUUACCUCCACUUGGCCUAGUCUGGAAAGCGGCCUAGUCUGCAAAGCCGAGGUGAGAUAUUGUGGAGAGGGCAGGUUUCAUCCUUAAUGGCCGCCUGUGUGGUUUAAGUUGCUUGGUUGAUGAUGAUGUCAUUUGGUUUGUGGGUGUGGCUUAGAUUUCUCAGGAAGGGAGGGGGUGUACUGUGGGAGGAAUUCCACUUGAGGGCGCUGUUUGACUUGGUGGAAAAGCGGGUCAAAUCCUGCCGAUGUGUUUGAUUUGAGGUUUUUCAUGUCCCCUACAACCCUCGGGGAGUGGCCUGGAUCGCUGUGUCAAAAUUUCAGGACGAUCGGUCAAGCGGUUACGGAGAACAUAGCGGCCGUCAAUUUCAAGAUUUUUACAUUUUUUUAUAUAUAGAUUAGGGAGGGUGGGUCUUAAGCAUGCUGAACUCUCUAGGAAGAGCUAAGCUUGUUGUGCCACCUUAAGGACUAAAAUAAUAAAUAUGUUCAUCUGUAGGGUGCCACAAGACUUUCCGUUCUUUUUGCUGCAGCAAGCAAUAGUACAGCUGAAAAAUAACUCAUGUGGGAUCAUACUGUAAGGCUGAGAACCUGUCCAGAUACCUAGAAGUAAUCCCCACUGAAAUUAGUGGGAAUUGUUUAUGAAUGUACAUAAUAUUGGGUUGAAUGAUUUUUUAUAUUAAGGCAACAACAUCUGUAAACCAAUCCUUUUCCUUAUUCAUUUUCUUGUUGGUUUUUAACAACGAGGGGGAGAAUCUCCCCACUACCACCAUACGCACACAAGGGCUGCAGUAAAAAAAAAGGUAAAAGUUAAAGGACUCCAGUCAAAGAUGACAAUGGGGUUCCAGCGCUCAUCUCGCUUUCAUCCUUCCACAGUGGGGACAUUGGCAGGAGUUGAUCACGGUGAGGGUUUGCUAAGCGUGCCCUCCUAUUGGCACGUUUCUCCCAAGCGUCCUGAGUUCAAGUGUCUUCAAAGCCAAUGGCACCUUUGGUAAAGGCCAUUCUUCAAUUGGAGCGCUCGCAGGCAAGCGUUUCCCAAUUGUUGGUGCUUAUACUACAUUUUUAAAACAAAAUAAAAAAAUUCCUUCCAGCAGCACCUUAGAGACCAACUAAGUUUGGCAUAGGUAUGAGCUUUCGUGUGCAUGCACACUUCUUCAGAUACACUGAAACAGAAGUCACCAGAUGUUCAAUGGCAUAAGAACCUAGCAACCCCAACAUCACUCCUAUCGGAAGAUAAAACCUUUCAAUAGCUUCUAGCCAUGAUGGAAGUAAUGUUUGUGGGGGCGAUAAUCUGCCUCCGUGAUUGGCAACUGUUUGCUGCUGAAUGUUGUGCCCCAUCCGCACUAUAGAUUUAGAGCAUUAUCAUACCACUUUAAACAGAUCUGGCUUCCUCCAAAGAAUCCCAGGAGCUGUAGUUAAGGGUGUUGACUGACAAUUGUUAGGAGACCUCCGUUCAUCUCUGAGAGCUACAGUUCCCCAAAUUCCCUGGGAUUGGUUAUUAAAUUACUCUUGAGAAUUGUAGCUCUUUGGGGAACUUUGUAUGAAAACAUGCUGGACUACACUAGCUGUUGGCCGGAUCAAGCAGAACCCUCAUGUUUCUGUAUCCCAAGACUAAAAAAAGGCUGGAAGCCAUCUCCUGAGUUCCAGAAGCUGCUACCCUAUGAAGGCAGGUGUGUCCAGCCAUACCCUGGUGGCAAACAAGAAACCACUUGGGAGAUUUGCAGUGUCACCGAGGAACAUUAUUUUGUCAAGGCCCUGACUGCUCAUUCUUGGUGCCCCCCCCCAACUUGGCAUGCCUAUUCCACCUCAGAAAGACUUCAAUUCCCAUGACAAAUUGACUGAAAAGGCUCUGAAUUUUCCUUCUCAACCAACAAGACCAAUGGCUGCAUCAGUUCAGUGGGUCUGAGUUUCUGGCUGUGAACCAGAAGGUUGGCAGUUCUGGCCCAUCCAGGGAUGGUUGGGGGCAAAAGAUCCCUGCUUUGCCAGGGGGGUUGAACUAGAUAACCCUCGGGGUACCUUUAAAGUCUGCGGUUCUAUAAAACCAGGCAGCAGUAUUACAAAGUCCAUGUGCAAAUAUUAGGUAGCAGCCUAAAAUGCAAGAUCUUCGUUAAAAUAAUCAGAAACUGCAUCUUGGCCAGGUUUUUGCACCCUAGUGCCCCAAAUCCAUUUUUACUGUUCCGUUGGUGGAAGGAAACCAAUUGAUGCAUGAUUUGAUAGGACGUUUAGGGGACACACACACCCCGUGGAAAUCGUGCGAAUUCAAGGACAUUGUUAUAAGAAUUUUAAAAGGCUUUCUUGCCUGUUUAAAAAGGUCCUACCCUGGUAGGGAGUCCGAACCUCUGAAGAGAUCGGGCGAAAUUAAUUACCCCUCUUCGAUAGUUCAAAACAGAGCCCAACCCAAGGUAGAGGAAAGCAAGGCUAGUUGCCCGCGGUUUAUUUGCCAAGAAAAUAAAACAAACUGCUGCAGCAAGGUGUUCUCUCUAGCACAGGAGAAGAGAAGGAGCCAGAACAAAGGGCCUCCCUCCCCAUAUAUAGAACUUUGAAAAAUUCCCUCCUUCCCAGUCCAGCCCACCCCCAGAAACAUCAUUCAUACAUCACAGAAAGGGUGUAGCCCACCCCCCACCCCACGUCACACCUACAUCAAAGAAGAGGUUUGAGAAAUCUGCCAAGUUUACUUGUUAAUGUUGGUUACAGGGCCGUAAGGGUUGAGUGGGUGGCGCUUCCCUGUCUACGUCGAGUCGCGCAAGGCAAGACGACGAAAGGAAGGGAUGAUCGGACCAGGAAAUUCAAAAAAAUUGCAGAAGGCAACGAGGAGCGAGCGUGUAGCGGCGUCUGCGCGAUUCCUCUUUGCUAAACUCCGUGGGAAUCGGAUCGGAGUUGGGCGAAGUCUCCUCCGCCGUUCUGAUCCCGCGCUUUGUUUUGCUCGCGGGGGACGCGAUCACAAGUUUUCCUUUCUCCGGCACCUGAACUUUAUAAGGUCUCAAAGCCCAGAAACUCAUGUUGAAAGAUCGGAACGCCUGGCUGGGCGUCUUCUUUAGAAAUAAAAAAUCUUAGUGCCUGACAAAAGCCGCCAUCAUGAUUAACAGCGACAGUAGAAAGUUUGCCUGCAGUCUUCUGGACAUUGAUAACAACAUGGGAAGCGAAGAUUUGGAGGCUUUUAAAUUUUUCUGCAUUGACCUUAUCCCCUUGAAGAAGUUGGAAACCGUGGAGUCAGCACACAAUAUUUUCCAGUAUCUCAUAAACGAAGACAUACUAAAUGAGGAGGACAACUUUAUAGUAGCAGAAAUUCUUUACAGAAUUAAGAGUAUCAGCCUGCUCACAAGGUUUGGCUAUACCAAAGAUGCAGUCGAAAAAGAUCUGCCUCGGAGAGGGAGGGUAUCUGAAUACCGGCAGAUGCUGUAUGAUUUGUCAGAAGGGCUCACUAAGGAAGAAGUGAAGGCUGCCUUGUUCUAUCUGAGGGACCAUAUCCCAAAGAAGCUAUCCACUGAUUCUGCUCUGGAACUGUUGAUUAACCUGGAGAAGCAGUGCUUUAUAUCAGAGACCAAUAUCUCUCUUCUGGAAGAAACCUGUCGGAAGAUAUCGCCCGAACUUCUGAAAAUACUGGCAGCCUAUAAAGAAAGACAAGAUCCCUACACCGAAGAAUCUGGGAGCAUGAGAGAGUAUGCUGGAAGUCUGCACUCCUUUGCUGCAAGUCAAGAUUUAAAAGCUGGAAAUGUGCAAGAGCCGAGCUUGCAACAGCCUGUGGGACAGGAUCGACUGAAACCUGCAGCGGAGGAGUCUGCUCUCUAUAAAAUGAACGGGCCUCACAGAGGAUAUUGCCUUAUUUUUAAUAAUGUCCAUUUCAAGGAACCUUUCAGACCCAGAAAUGGAUCUCAAAAAGAUGCCGUGGAACUGGAAAGUGUGUUUAAAUGGCUUGGGUUCGAAGUGAAAAAAUAUGAUGACAAGACAUCAGCCGAACUCGACAAACUUCUACAGGACUGGCAGUCUUCUGAAUGCUGGAAAGACAGUGAUUGUCUUGUGUGCUGCAUUCUGUCUCACGGUGAAUCUGGAAAAAUUUAUGGGACGGAUGGCGGUCUCAUCCCCAUCAAUACCAUCACAUCUUUCUUCACAGCCAAACGAUGUCCUUUACUGGCUAAGAAGCCCAAACUCUUUUUCAUCCAGGCGUGUCAAGGCCAGAAGGUGCACCAGCCUGUUUACCUUGAAGCAGACAGUCAUGAGCCAGGCUCCCCUGGAGCGGAUGCUCAGACUUCAGGAUUUAUUGCUACACAACAGCAGGUGACCUCAAGCAUCCCAGAAGAAGCAGACUUCCUCCUUGGCAUGGCCACAGUGGAUGGUUAUUUUUCUUUCCGUGAUGUGCAACAUGGCACAUGGUUCAUUCAGGCCCUCUGCAAGAAGCUGUGGGAGCUGGUACCAAGGAGGGAAGAUAUCUUGUCCAUUCUUACGGCAGUCAAUGCUGACGUGAGCAAACUUUCAGACAAAAAUGGACAAAAGAAGCAGAUGCCACAACCAGCUUACACUCUCAGGAAGAAAGUAAUAUUCCCAGUGCCUAGGGAUCCUCCUCCCAUGUCAAAACAGCUGUAGCGUUUUUUACUUUAUUUUUGUUGUUGUUUUUCUGUAAGAUUUUUGUUGUGGUCGUUGAGUGCUGGACAAGCACUCUUAGUUUUUGAAAGAGUAAAGAAAGCACACCUCUGCAUUUCAAAUCAUCUUCCCCAUGCUUUGAGCAUCCCAAAUAUUUCAACUGACGCCUGGAAUGUACGUGGGAAUAGUGAACAAGAAGUCAUCUCAUGUUCUCUCCACCUUCCAUCAAUGGAAGUGCAGAUUUGUACUUCAGCUGCCCAUGUACCAUAUUAGUGCAUUUUUAGAUAAGUGUGUGCGAAUGGCAUCGUCAUCAUGUAUACAUGACCCCGCCCUCAAAGAACCCUGCAGGUUUCGGCAACUCUGAACUAAAGAGAUCUUUGUCUGCUUCUACAACUGCCGCCACAGAGGGAUCCUUUCAGCCGGUGUGGCCUCAAUCCUGUCUUAAUAACAACUGCCUGAUAAAAUAGUUACCAGCUUUUUCUUAUGAGAAAGCAACAGGAAAAUGGCUGUGCUUUUCUUUUGGGGAAACAAGCUUAUGGAACCGGUGAAAAGCCAGCAUAUCCAUACAAGAUUGAAAGCUUGGAAUUUAAUUUUAGAAGCCAAAAGGGGACCGCUAGUUGAGCACGAAGACCUGGUUCUCCAGUUGCCAGGUUCCAAAAAGUGGGGGUUGUGCAGCACAAAGAAGGAAAGGGUGUCUCACCAAAAAAAGGUAGUUGUGGAAACAGACACUAAAGUUCUACCCAAGUGCAAAUAUAGGCAGGUCCUUUAGGGAAUAGGUUAGAAAGUAUGUGUUCUAAUCUAUAAGUUUUUGGAAAUAAGUCGCAUAUCACCAUUGUACAGAACAGGAUAUGCAACAGUACUACUGUUGAAAAUUUUAAAAGGGAGAAUGACCUCCACUAAAAAGAAAAUAGGGAAAAUACUUGAUUUGGCAUACCUUUAAGGGCUUAUUUUAUAAUUGGUAAAGCCUCAUUACUUGUUUACAUACUUGUUGCCAGAAUAAAUGAAAUUGUUUCUGAUCUGUCUUUCUCUGUAGACUGCAUCCACAUUGGAUAUUCAUAGCAACUGAAAAGCUGUGAUAAUAGGACAGCUAACAGUUACACAGCCAGCCAUUGCUACUUAGCAGAAAUGAAAGCUAGUUCAGAAAAACUCAGUGAGUUGAAUCUCUGUUCUAUGACAAGGCAUGAAAUAUGCAAAUAUGACUUAAUUAUUAUGUAGAUAGCGCAUAACUCUGGACAUGACCUUGUGCUCAAGGGUGCAGCAUCCCAUUGAUGCUAAAAUUUCUGCUUAAAGGUAAAGGGACCCCUGACCAUUAGGCCCGGUCGUGACCGACUCUGGGGUUGUGGCGCUCAUCCCGCGUUAUUGGCUGAGGGAGCCGGCAUACAGCUUCCAGGUCAUGUGGCCAGCAUGACAAAGCCGCUUCUGGCGAACCAGAGCAGCGCACGGAAACGCCGCUUACCUUCCCGCUGUAGCUAUACCUAUUUAUCUACUUGCAUUUUAACGUGCUUUCGAACUGCUAGGUUGGCAGGAGCUGGGACCGAGCAACGGGAGCUCACCCCGUCACAGGGAUUCGAACUGCCGACCUUCUGGUCAGCAAGCCCUAGGCUCUGGUUUAACCCACAGUGCCACCUGUGUCCCAAAAUUUCUGCUUGGCUCUCUCAAAUUUAAAUCAAAGUAGCUUGGAUGUUACGUUUUGCCAAGUUUGGUCAUCUGGGAGGGGGGGUUAUAUGCUGCACCAAUCCAUCUGAUUAAUUAAUUGAGAUGAGAUCACAUACAGUGGUACCUUGGUUUACAAACUUAAUCUGUUCCAGAAGUCCGUUCUUCAACCAAGGCGUGCUUUCCCAUAGCAGUGGGCGACUCAAUUUACAAAUGGGACACACUCAUGCUCUGCUUCCAAGGCAAAGUUCACAAACCAAAACACCUACUUCAGGGUUUGCAGCGUUCUUAAACCAAGGUAUCACUGUACUAAGAAUGUCUGCAUUAUCUACCUGUGGCUUUUAGCUCAAGUUCUGUUACGGUGCCUUACUUAAUUAAAAGGAACAGUUCAAAUGUGAGAUCACAUGUACUCAAGUACUGGAAAGUUCCAGUCAGAAGAGCUUGGCUUGGUAAAUUCUGAUUACGUUUGAUUUCCUAGGAAGUGGGUUUUUCCUUUGCUGAGUAUUCCCCCUCCCCCCCCCAAAAAAGUCUGUGCAUGUGUCCACUAGUUG